CCACAAGCACGUUUCUAUAACAAAAUCACUUUUAUAAAAAUAUCUACAUACAUAAUCAUUUUUGUUCGAGUUCGCUAGAGUUUAUUUUUCUAUGAAUGGCUCUAUGAAAUGCAAAAUAUUACAUAUCUAUAAAUGUUUGUGGCCUGUCAUUUACUGUCAAAAAGCCAAAAUUGUGUAACAUGUUGUAACCUAAAAUUUUGGUUCCAGAUUUAGGUAGAUCUGGAAAAAAUCCUAACACGAUGUAUUUAUGAAGGAAAUAACUGUAUUUUUGUUGGUACAUAUUUUUUUUAUAAUUCUUUAAUUGCAUUUAUGGGAAUUAUACAUCCAAAAGUUCAAGUUAAAACCUGAAAAUAACCUAAGUUAACACAAUUUAAAAAUCUUGAAAUUGCGGAAAUUAAAACUGCAUAAAUGUCCUCAGACGAAGAAGAUCACGUGGAGGAAAAGCCAUUUGCAAUAGAAGUAGCAAAACAAGGACGGGCAGUGUGUAAAAAAUGUAAACAAAAAUGUCUGCAGGGCGAGUUGAGAAUAGCAAAAUUAGUUCCCAAUCCGUUUGCAGCAGGGAAAAUGAAAGCUUGGCAUCAUAUUAAUUGCUUGUUUGAACAGUUCUUAAAGCAACGACAAACUACAAAGAGAAUUGAAGAGCCUGAUGAUGUAGAUGGUUGGGAUGAUCUAGACGAGGAUGAAAAAAAGGAUAUUUUAGAUAGGAUUAAAAAGUGUGAUGCUGCCUUUCAUGCUAAGUUUGGCACUGCUAAGUUGAAGCCUCCUAAUAAACCAAAAACACCUCCCAAAGCGAAGAGUCCCAAAGUUGAGCCUAAAACAUAUAAAACUGAAAAAUCUUCAGAAAAUAAAGAAGACAAAUUAAGCAAUUCAUCUUCUAGCAGUUCUGCUUCAGACAAAAUUAAAGAUUGCCAAUUUAAAGAAUUUAGAAGAUUAGUUGCAGAUAUUACAAAUGUUCCAGGAUAUCUUGACAAAACAAACUGCGUCAAGAAAUUAUUUACAGAAGGCUGCAACGGGUCUGGAUUUAAAGACGAUAUUGUUCUCUGGUGCCGUUUGCUCCUUCCUGGUGUUAUUAAAAGAGUUUAUAACUUACAAAGUAAACAAUUAAUAAAACUAUUCAGUAAAAUAUUUGUUACCGAUCAGAAUGACAUGUUAGAACAUUUGGAACAGGGCGAUAUAGGUGAAACUAUUCAAAAAUUCUUCGAAGAGAGUCAUAAAACCAAACCUGCUAAGAAAAGCACUUUGACAGUAAAAGAAGUAGAUCAUUUCCUAGAUAAAUUGUCGAAAUUAACCAAAGAAGAUGAUCAGAUGGAACAUUUUAAGAAAUUUGUAUCUGUGUGUACAUCCAACGACCUGAAGACUGUAAUUAGACUGAUAAAAGGUGACUUAAGAAUGGGCGCAGGAGCCAAACACAUCCUGGAUGGUGUUCAUCCUGAUGCUUAUGAAGCUUAUCAAGCUUCUAGGGAUAUAGAUGCAGUUAUUUCUAAAUGCUUCGAUAAGAAAAAUAAAGGGAAGAAGUCGCAUAAAAUAGUAAAGGCAGAAAUUUCUUUGAUGACGCCUGUCUUACCUAUGCUUGCAGAAGCCUGCAAAUCCGUAGAGCAAGCUAUGAAGAAGUGCCCAAACGGAAUGUACUCAGAAAUUAAAUACGAUGGGGAGAGAGUGCAGGUUCAUAAACACGGUUUGGAAUUUAAGUAUUUUUCCAGACAUUUAAAACCAGUACUGCCACAUAAAAUUCAACAUUUCAAGGAAUAUAUACCCCAAGCUUUCCCGCACGCCAAAGAUUUAAUUCUUGACAGUGAAAUUCUAAUGAUAGACACCAAAACGAGCAAACCUUUGCCUUUUGGGUCUCUAGGAGUGCACAAGAAAGCGGAAUUCAAAGACGCAACUGUCUGUUUGUUUGUUUUCGACUGUAUAUUUUAUAACGGAGAGUCCCUUAUAAACAAACCUAUAAGUCACAGGAAGAAGAUUUUGGAAGAGAAUAUGAUCGAGAUUCCUAAUCGUGUGGUGUUUUCGGAACAGCAAGAAAUAAAUCAGCCUGAAGAACUAGCCUCAAUGAUAGCGAAAGUCCUUAAAUUAGGCUUAGAAGGUCUGGUGUUGAAAGACAUGAAAAGUAUAUACGAACCUGGUAAAAGGCACUGGUUGAAGGUGAAAAAGGACUACCUCUUCGGUGGGGCGAUGGCGGAUACAGCAGAUUUAAUCGUUUUAGGGGCUUGGUAUGGAACAGGCAAGAAAGGAGGAAUGAUGUCCGUUUUCUUGAUGGGUUGCUACAAUCCGAACAAUAAAAAAUUCUGCACCGUUACCAAAGUCCACACUGGUCAUGACGAUAAAACUCUUGAGAAAUUACAAACGGAACUUGACAUGGUAAAAAUCAGUCAGGACAUGUCAAAAGUGCCAGGUUGGUUAAAUUGCACCAAGACGAUGGUGCCGGAUUUUGUCGCUAGAGACCCUAAAAAUCAACCUGUAUGGGAAAUCACGGGAGCAGAGUUCACACAGCACGAUGUUCAUACGGCGGAUGGAAUUUCUAUCAGGUUUCCAAGAGUUACAAGGAUUAGGGACGAUAAAGACUGGAAAUCGGCCACGAAUCUGCAAGAAUUGCAGAAACUUUUCACGACUUCUAAAGAGGAAACUGAUGUGAGCCUUUUGAUGAAGGGUAUUAAAGCUGGAGAUAACUCUAAAGCUGAUGAAGGGCCAUCGCCAAAGAAAAGGAAGAAAGACAUUCACAGCUACAUGAAGAAGGAAAAACCUGAAAAUAGCAAUAGUAAAGAUUCUUCAUCUUCGAAGAAAAUUAAGAUCAAUGACCCAAUUGAUCAGGAUGUUGAUAUGGAAGAAAAAAGAGAUGACCAGUCUGAUUCUAACAGUACCUCUGCUUCAGGAUCUACCGAAAGCAAAAUGAGCAAUGGUGAAACUAAUGUUGAUAUCAAACAACCUAUACCAGAUUACUUUACAGGAGUGAGAGCUUUGCUUGAGGACGAGUUGAACGACGAGGCACAUGCAGAGCUAGUAAGGUAUUUUAUUGCUUAUGGAGGGGAAGUGGUAAAUCCAGACCGCUGGGAAGAGGCCACACACGUUCUUCAUUACUAUAAUAUUAUCCGACAGCCAAUCAUACAGUGCCCAAACAGCGCGAAACAUAUUUCUAUUGAAUGGGUUAAAGAUACUAUUGCUAAUGGCAGCUUACAAGAUUUUAGGUGUUAUGUUGUUAGGUGGGAUCCGGAAGACUAACUUUUAAAUUUAUUUUUAUAU